UACAAAUAAAUAAAGAUACAAAUUAAGAGAAAUACAAAAAACAAACAAACGCAAACAGUUGCCAAAGUGAAUUCACAGUUCAAGUGAAGUGUAAAGUGAAUAAGAGCAAGAAGAAGAAACAAAUUGAAGCAGCAAGUGAAGUGAACAAAUGGCCCUUGAGGAUCGCUGCAGUCCACAAUCAGCGCCCAGUCCACCAGGUUGUUUACCACAUUCGCCUCCUCAACAGCACCAGCAGCAGUACCAGCAGCAGCAGCUUCAACACUUGCAUCAGCUCCAGCAGCUGCAGCAGCUCCAUCAACAGCAGCUGGCCGCCUCGGCUGGCGUCUUUCAUCAUCCGGGCACCUCGGUGGCCUUUGAUGCAGCGGCCUUGCAUGCGGCUGCACUGCAGCAGCGGUUGAGUGCCAGCGGCUCGCCGGGUGCCCAUUCGACGGGCGCCUGCUCCACGCCCGCCUCGACGCUGACCAUCAAGGAGGAGGAAAACGACUCGAUACUCGGGGACAGCUUCCAUAACCAGACAGGGACCACCAUGGCCACCGAGGAGGAUGAGGAGGAAGACGACGACAUUGAUGUGGAUGACACGGCCUCUGUGUCCGGCUCUGCUCGUCUGCCGCCACCUGCUCAUCAGCAGUCCAAGCAAUCGAAGCCAUCGCUGGCCUUCUCCAUCUCCAACAUACUCAGCGAUCGUUUUGGCGAUGCUGCCAAGCAGAUCAAACAGGGCGAAUCCUCUAGCGCCGUCUCUGCUGCUGCGGCUGCAGCCAGCAUCUUCCGCCCCUUCGAGGCGAGUCGAGCAGCCGCUGCCACGCCCUCCGCCUUCACGCGCGUGGAUCUGCUGGAGUUUAGCCGGCAGCAGCAGGCCGCAGCUGCAGCCGCCACCGCUGCAAUGAUGUUGGAGCGCGCCAAUCUGCUGAACUGCUUCAAUCCGGCUGCCUAUCCACGCAUUCACGAGGAGCUCGUGCAGAGCCGGCUGCGCCGUGGCGCCGCUGGUAAUCCCAAUGCUGUGCUACCCCCGACGGGCAAGCUGACGGAAUCCGGCAUGGAGAAGUCCGCUCUGGGCUCUCUGUGCAAGACCGUCUCGCAGAUUGGCCAGGCGCAGUCGACGCUGCCAGCAGCAACCACGCCCAGCAGUAGCAGCAGCAGCGCCAGCCAGUUGGCUAGUCCGCCACCCGCCUCCAAUGCAUCUACCAUCAGCAGCAGCAGUUCCUCCACAGCAGCCAGCUGCAGCAGCAGCAGCGCCUGCUCCUCCUCCGGCAGCUCGCUAAACUCCUCGCCCAGCAGUCGCCUGGCCGGCGUCAACAAUGCCAACAAUGCCAGCAGCCCGCAGCCCAUACCGCCUCCAUCGGCCGUCAGUCGUGACUCCGGCAUGGAGUCCUCGGACGACACGCGCUCCGAGACGGGCUCCACCACCACCGACGGCGGCAAGAAUGAGAUGUGGCCCGCGUGGGUCUACUGCACACGCUACAGCGAUCGUCCCAGCUCAGGACCCCGCUACCGUCGCCCCAAGCAACCAAAGGACAAGACCAAUGACGAGAAGCGUCCACGCACUGCCUUCUCCAGCGAGCAAUUGGCACGCCUAAAGCGCGAAUUCAAUGAGAAUCGCUACCUCACCGAAAGACGACGCCAGCAGCUGAGCUCCGAGCUGGGCCUGAACGAGGCACAGAUCAAGAUCUGGUUCCAGAACAAGCGCGCCAAAAUCAAGAAGUCGACGGGCUCGAAGAAUCCGCUGGCCCUGCAGCUGAUGGCCCAGGGUCUCUACAAUCAUACGACGGUGCCGCUGACCAAAGAGGAGGAGGAGCUUGAGAUGCGCAUGAACGGCCAGAUACCGUAAAUGGCAACUAGCUGCCCCCGGCUUCCCCAGC